AAAAUAUAUUAAAAUAAUGACAAAUUGCUAGCUGGAAAGUGAAGGGGAUCGUCAAUAAUGAACAAACCAUACACAACAAAGAAGUGAGUUUAGUUAUAUUUAGAGAAAGAGAGAAUAUGAAAGUAAGUGAAGUACUCUGCAUGAAUGGAGGAUUUGGAGAUAACAGUUACGCAAGCAACUCAUUACUUCAGCGAAAAGUAAUAUCGAUGACAAAAGCAAUAACAGAAGAAGCAGUUACUGGUGUAUAUAGCAACAUAUAUCCCAAAACUGUAUGCAUAGCAGAUCUUGGUUGUUCUUCUGGGCCAAACGCGUUGUUCGUGAUGACUGAGGUUAUGAGAACAGUCGACAAAAUAAGAAAACGAUUGAAUCAUCAAUCAUCACCAGAAUUCCAAAUAUACUUGAACGAUCUUCCGGGAAAUGAUUUUAACUCUAUUUUUCAGUCCUUACCACGGGUUCAAGAAGAAAUAAAAGAGGAAAUGGGAUCUGAAUUUGGACCAUGCUUUUUCAAUGGUGUGCCUGGUUCAUUCUAUGGCAGGCUUUUUCCUACUAGAAGUCUGCAUUUUGUUCACUCUUCAUAUAGCCUCAUGUGGCUUUCUCAAGUUUCUAACGUGGUGGAAAUGAACAAAGAAAACAUUUACAUGGCAAGUACAAGUCCUCCGAGCGUGAUCCAAGCGUACUACGAGCAAUUUCAAAAAGAUUUUUCAACAUUCCUAAAGUGUCGUUCCGAGGAAUUAGUGAGUGGUGGUCGCAUGGUUUUAACAAUUUUGGGGAGGAAAAAUGACGAUCCUACUAGUAAAGAAUGUUGCUACAUUUGGGACCUCUUAGCAAUGGCACUUAAACAAAUGGUCUCCGAGGGACUCGUAGAAGAAGAAAAGCUGCAUUCAUUCAACAUUCCCGAGUACACACCAUCACCAUUAGAAGUGAAGGGAGAAGUAGAAAAGGAAGCUUCGUUCAUAAUCAAUUGCCUCAAGGUUUCAGAAAUCAAUUGGGCUGAGUGCGGCGAUAAAUUCGAUUCAUCAAAUUCAUUCAAAGACGAUGGAUAUAAUGUAGCCAAAUGCAUGAGAUCAGUGGCAGAGCCCUUGUUGAUUUCUCAAUUUGGUGAAUCUAUAAUGGAUAAACUAUUUCAUAAGUAUGGAGAAAUUCUAAGUGAUUGCAUGUCCAAAGAGGAGCUGAAAUUUGUCAAUGUCACAAUUUCUGUGACGAAGAAAGAAUGAUUGGAUUAUUGGUUAUUUUAAGACCAAACUAAGUGGCAUUAAUGCACCUUUUUUUUAAGUUUUUUUUUUUUUUUUUUUUUUUUUUUUUUUUUUUUUUUUUUAAGGCGCUUUUUGAUAAGUCCAAUGGUGUUUUGUUAUAUUAGAAAAUAAUACAUUGUCUUGUACUACUAGAAGAUACAUAUGAUUUCCUUAUUUACUUGUAAUAGAGUCGAUGCCAAUGCCUCCUAACGGGUUGUAUGGGGAUCUUUGCUUGCUGCUUGUAAGGUUUCCCACAACAUUGAAUUGGGAAAAUUUGGCUGAUAAAUGUUCUUUGCGUAUGCCCUAAUA